GCCACAUUGACUGGCCUCUAGAUGUUGCUCUCAACACGACCCGCCCAUGAGCAGCGGAUCGUUUGACCACUUCGCCAACGCCGCGCCCCCUUCGCCAACCACGCCGCCGCCGCUGCUGCCCCAGUAAUCACUUCUGAUCUCAUCACCUCUGGACGGGAUGUAUGUCAACAGAGCAGCAACACGCUUCACGGACCCGUUUGUCUCCUCCAAAGACUGCCCGCCCUCGGUCCAGGACUACGCACGUUUACGGAAUAGCGGCGUAGUGCAGGUUCCUGUUCAAGAUAUCAAUCGGGCUCUGACACCUCCGCCUGAAAUGACUGGAAUUCAUUCCACGAGGCCUAGCUUUCAUGCUGGAGAUCACACCCAGCAGCACGUCGACUAUGUGCGUGGAAAGCCAGCGUACCGGGCUCCUGUGGCAGCACCUCAGUCACUAGAAUCAACCAGCGAAUACAGCAGGAACGCUCCAGUAAAAGUAUACAGCAGUAGCCGAGCAUCACCGUCCAGGCAUGCUCCCGUUGGGCUAGCUGUCAAUCCGGCACAGCAGAGACGAGCGUCUCAACAUCACAAUGCUAUUGCCACGAACUUCCAGAUCCCAAGAUCCGUAAAUGACAGUGGGGGUAGUCUUUCGGAGCUUGCUGCACAGAUUACCUGCUUGUUCUGGUUCGAAUCCUCUGAUCUCCUUCAGCAAGUUGAAGAAUCUUCGACCCUGUUCCAAAAUUCGAAACCACUCGCUGUGGAUUCAAAGCCUACGACAGGCUUUCGAAAAUGGGUGACCACGAUACUGUCGACCACAUGUGUAGCUCAAAAUGUGGUUAUCCUGGCCCUGCUGUUCAUCUAUAGGCUUAAAAAGCUAAACCCGACUGUACGAGGGAAGCCGGGCAGUGAGUACAGGCUGCUGACAGUCGCUUUGAUGCUGGGCAACAAAUUCCUGGACGACAACACGUACACGAACAAGACUUGGGCAGAGGUCUCUGGCAUCAAUGUUGCUGAGGUGCAUAUCAUGGAAGUGGAAUUCCUGAGCAACAUGAAGUAUUGCCUGUUCACUUCAGAGCAAGACUGGGCUCAAUGGCAGUCGCUUUUGGGCAAGUUUGCAUCAUUUUUCGACCAGGCCAACAAACCGGCACCCGUCAGGACUUCAUUGGCACCAAUUCUACCCCCGGCAUCUUCACUGCACCUGCCAAAUGCCCUGCCGUCACCCCCGGCUUCGAAUCAAGCCUCGCCUCCAUACCAAUCGGAGCUGGUCUCAAGCGCAGUACAAUAUAGUGCUCAUCCACACCCGGGUCCAACGCCUGUGCCGUCACUCCCGGGUAACAUCGAUUAUCGGGGCAGUCAGCAGGCAGGCGUCAAGCGAAAUCGGGAUGAAGCUGGGUUGGAACCACCUGCGAAACGACUUGCCGGUGGUUAUGACUACACGUCGCCAACUCGAUACUCGACCAUGCCAGUGCACUCAAGUUCCGCACCCACUGUACCUCGUCUUACCUUGCCAAGUCUGGCGGUACAGGGGACUCAAGCUCCUGCGAGCGCUUCGUAUCCACAGGCUCCAGUGCACAAUCAACAGCUCCCUCCUUUGGGCGUCCAAGCCAGAGCCAUGUCAAUGACCUGCCCGGACGCAAAUAGCCAGGCUCAGUCCAUCGCCCCCUCUGCUCCAAUUCAGCAAUAUGGGCAGCCUUACGCACAGCAAGCUUCGCGCACUCAUAGCCCACAGCGGUGCGGGUCCGCAACUGUAUCGCCAAGUAACGGUGUACCGCAGUCCGCUUCGGCCCUGCAUCCUCCCCCUCCCGCACAGAUAUCGCCCACAUACUUCUUGCAGCAAAGAGCGUCGCCGUAUCGACCCGUUCACCACGUUUCCACGCUUUUGUAUCCACCGCCCUCUGGCGCUACACAAGCUCGGCCGACGAAUAUUGAGCUCAAUCAGAUGCAAUACCAGCCGCUCGGCAAGCCAACCCAUCAUACAGGACGUCUUCCUUAUCUUGGCCAAAAUCUUUGGACUGAUGGCAAUCAUCCUCAAGAGAUGACCCCUAUCCACCGCUGGCCAAACUUUCCUCAGCACCAGCAGCCGCUGACACAACAACAUUGAGAUGGUGUCUGCGACACCAAAGAAGGAGGAUGCGUUCACGUGUCCAUGACCACCUACUCUUUCUGCAUAUAAUUUGCGAUUACAUUUGAUACGUUCGAGCGCAUGCAUACAUCAGCUUUUAGCACCGAGCUUCCAACAGAUGAAGCGAAUCGGCACACAGGCAUCUGGGUUGUCUUGCUUUCGCAGUGAGCGAAACUUGUCGGCAUGGAGAGGUUCAUGGCCGUAUGUCUCGAGUAGUAAGAUACAUAGAACAGAAAGGCUUGCCAGACGCUGCCUAGGGUGAUAUUUGGAGCUGAGAGACUUCAUCACGAUACCCGUUUCCACAGUUAGAAUCCUGCAACAUGAAGUGGCUCUAUUGAUUGGGGUCGUACGUCGCC